UAAGUUGCACGUCGUCUCCAGCUCCAAGCUCCAAUAAGACAAAUUAUUCAUUCAAGUGAAUGGUGGAUCUCUUCUUCGAAGUGCAGUGUUCCAAUGCGUGCUAUUGUUUUCUUUUUGUCUCAUUUCGGCUUAAGCUAAAAACUAACGAUCGAUAUGGUGAAGUCAAUCUCGAGAAAAGCAAUGACGAAACACACACACACACACGCAGAGUUGGCACAUGGUCGCGAGAACAGACGUUAAAUCAUCGGAGAAGAGAGUAGCAGCAGGACAAACAAUCGGAAAAUCGAUCCAACAAGUCGUCUCGCCUCGUUUCAAUCACGUGGAGCAGUGGGCUGACUUUGUGAACUGCUUUUUAACACGAGUUCCUUUAACGUCGAGGUUUUUCUUUCUACCCGUCAUUUUCCGUCGUCCACAUUUUUCUGUUAAAAUUUUGGUCGACAUCAACUUUCAAGCUCUGGUGAAAGUGAACGCUCUGCUGGUGAACGCCCAUUUUGAUCCUGACAACUGGCCAUCAAAGAAAACCGCCGAGCGCCAUCCCGGGCCCACGCACUUGCUUUUCCCCCCUGCCAUCAUCAUUAUCGAGAGGGAUAUGAUGAUCGUUUGCACGAUCGAAAGUUGCGACUAUUCGUCGGCGUACAAACGGGGAAAAAGAGGAGACCAUGUCCACGCUAAAGGGGCCGAUGGAUUCGAUGGAUUCGACGAUAUAGGCCCGUGAAAAUAGGACGAGGGAGUGGCCGGCAGUGGAGGCCAUUAACUUCUUGGCAUCACAAUACAAACGGCGAAUGACGAUUUUUGUCUCUCUACACACAGCCCCCCCGGACAAACAAAAGUGUAAGUCCCGAUCCGUUAUUGAUCUCUUCUUUUGUCUCUUCCAGUUUUAUAUAUAAACAAAAAUGU